CCCUCAGCGUGCGGGCUCCGCGGCGGCUCCGCGCCGGCAACAUGGCAGCGCUAGAGGCGGCGGAGGCCGCGCUGGGGCUGCGGCAGGAUCAGCAGCAGCAGCAGCAGGAGGAGGAGGAAAACCACGACCAUGACCAGGAAGGAGGCGGCGAGCCGGCGGCGCUAAAUGGUUUGGUGGUCUCUGAAAAAGUGAAAAGCAACGACAUUGAUGUGAAAAUUCCUGAGUCAGAAUUGGAACCUGAAGAAAAAGGAGCAGAGGAGGAAUGCCCAAGGGAAUCUGAUAACAACAUUUUGGAUCUAUCAUCUGAUUACCCAAGAGACAAACAUAUUUCAAUUCAGAGACACCUUGCUGAUCUAGAGAAACUGGCUGACAUGAGAGAAGAUGAGAGGAAGCCUUGUCCAUUGUGUCCUGAGGAGAAGUUCAAAGCUUGCUAUAGCCACAAACUCCAUCGUCACUUGCAGAAUUUGCACUGGAAGGUUUCUGUUGAAUUUGAAGGGUACAGAAUGUGCAUCUGUCACUUACCCUGUCGGCCAGUAAAACCCAACCUUGUUGGAGACCAGACCUUGUCAAAGAUGGGAGCUCAUUACCACUGUAUCAUCUGCUCAGCGACUAUAGUACGAAGAACUGACAUGAUAGGUCACGUUAAUCGUCACGUGAAUAAAGGAGAGACCGAGUCGAGGUUUAUCACAGUUCGUGCUCCCAAGUCAUCUUACGAGGUGGUGAAAGAGUCAGCCACAGAUGUGCAGGUUCUGCCCAACCACUCGACGCCCCAGAAAACAGAUUCCUACUUUAAUCCUAAAAUGAAACUCAACAGGCAGUUGAUAUUCUGUGCACUGGCUGUGCUUGCUGGGGAGCGCAAACCCAUUGAAUGUUUGGAUGCUUUUGGUGCCACUGGUAUCAUGGGAUUGCAGUGGGCAAAGCACCUCAGAAGUUCUGUGAAAGUUACAAUUAACGAUUGUAAUGAAAAUUCUGUGACAAUGAUUAAAGAAAAUUGUCAUUUAAACAAGAUGAAGGUGAAACUAAACAUCAGGGAAGAAGACAAUGAUGAAACUGUGGGAAAUGGAGAAGAAAGUAGUGACACCAUUGAGGUCACAAAAAUGGAUGCCAAUGUUGUCAUGCAUUUGAGAUCAUUUGAUUUUAUCCAUUUGGACCCCUUUGGAUCUUCUGUGAGUUACCUGGACUCUGCCUUUAGAAACGUGAGAAACUUUGGGAUUGUGUCGCUGACAUCCACAGACAUCAGCUCCCUCUAUGCCAAGGCUCAGCACGUGGCCCUGCGUCACUAUGGCUGCAAUAUUGUCAGAACAGAGUACUACAAGGAGCUGGCAGCCAGGACAGUAAUUGCUGCUGUCACAAGAGCUGCAGCUCGCUGUAACAAAGGCAUUGAAGUGCUGCUGGCAGUGGCUCUGGAACACUUUGUUCUGGUGGUGGUCAGAGUUUUACGGGGCCCAACCCCUGCAGAUGAUUCGGCAAAGAAGGUCCGAUACCUCAUCCACUGCCAGUGGUGUGAAGAGAGGGUUUUCCAGAAAGAAGGCAAUAUGGUGGAAGAAAACCCUUACCAGCAGCUGCCCUGUGACUGCUAUGGCAGUAUGCCUGGGAAGACAGCAGUGCUUCUUGGUCCACUCUGGUCAGGAGCUCUCUUUAACACUGGAUUCCUCAGGAGGAUGCUCGUGGAGGCUGUGCAGUAUGGCUUGGAUGAAGCUCAGUCACUUCUGAAGACAUUAGUUUGUGAAGCAGAGUGCACAACUCCCAAACAUUUUUCUACCCACAGUCCUGGUGAUGAGAACAAACAAGAGGAGUGUGGUGUAUAUAUUAGAACACCAAAUACUUCUGCAGAAUCCUACUUUGUACAUGGGAAGAGGAAGAGCGAGGAGGUGCUGCGCAGCACGGCGAAGCGGCAGCGGCCCGAGCACAGCGCCGAGCACCCCCCGUUCUACUACAACAUCCACCGGCACAGCAUCAAGGGCAUGAACAUGCCAAAGUUAAAUAAGUUCCUGAGCUAUCUGUCCGAGGCUGGGUACCGCGUGAGCCGAACCCACUUCGACCCCAUGGGAGUCCGCACCAACGCGCCCCUGGCGCAGUUCAAGACUGUUCUCAUGAAGUACAGCACUCCCACCUACGUGGGGGCGCAGGCAGAGGGCCCUGUGCACCUCCCUGGGGAGAUCCAGGUGGGAGAAGAGGUUCCAGCUGCUGCAGCACUCCAGGUGGAGGAGGCCGAGUUAGCGGAAGAUGAUAAACCUGGAGUCACCCCUGCUGUGUUCACACAGUCCUACCCCACUCACUGUGCUGCUGAUUAAUGCAGCUGGGUUUGUUCAUCAGGAUGUUACAGACUUCCAGCACACCCUGUUACAGUAAGCCACUGCUUCCUCCCAAGCUGGAAUUUGACUGUUUUGAGCUGCCUGUUGUGCUUCGAAGGGACAAUUUAGAAUUAGGUAGCAGAACUCAGCCCCGAUCCCGGCAUGGCUGUGGUCACGAAACCGGCACUGUGGGAAGCCUGUGGAGUUACCUGCUUUUACGUGCACCUCCUUUUCACACUGAGGCAUGGAGGCUGCUUUCCAGUCUGUCCAAGCCUUACUGCCAGCACAGCAUCCAGAAGGGGGUGCAGGGCCAAAAGUGUUCAGUAUUUUGAAAUAAGAGAUUAUUGUGAAACAGCCUAUUCCUAAAAUGCAUCAUUCCUAAAACCUGACCAGCUAUGAUCCAGAGAGAGGGCAUGUUAAGAAAAUAGCACAGGAUAAAGUGCCCUCUGAGUUAAAGCCAGGCAGUCCUGCCUGGGUGCAGUUGUAGCUUCAGGUUGCACAUGUAACUCUGCAUUCAGGUCUGUUUCCAGGGUUCUGCCUCCAGGCAGGAGCUGAUCCCAGGAAAACAGAAAGGAGCGGUGACACGGCUGCUACCGAAUUUCAGUUUGUAACCAAACCGUAGUGAAUUGUGUAGUCACUCUAGUUGUCUGCUCAGAACUUAGAGUGGUUGUGUGCUGCAGAAAGGUACAGGGACAAGGGACCACAGUGGACGUUCAGGUGAAGUUUUGUGGUGAGUUGUCAGUAGUAACUGAGCUAAGAUCUCUUCUGUGAACGAGCAAAGCUGCCACGUGUUGGCAGUUCUGGUUUCCUUAAAUAAAUGGCAGCAUUCCAGCCAAAUGAG